UGGUUUAGGGUUGUAAAAGUUUUCAGUCUACCAUUAUAGGAUUAAAAAAUAAGAAUAUAGAUUAUUUCUUCGAAAAGUCAUCAUUUCUAACUGAUAAUGGAUAUUAUCAUGACAUGAAAGAACAAUGACAUGAAAAUUUUACUUCAAUGAUAACAUUAGAUAAAUUUUUAACGAAAUAUAGUAGUCAUGUGUAUGUAGAUUAAACUAGGUUAUUUUUGUGCUGUUAUGCACAAAAAUAAAUAGAAUGGUUGUCUUCUUUUAUUGUAAUUUAAUAAUUUUCAAAAAUUAUCCUUAUGUAAAGUUGAGCGGUUUUAGCGUAUUUGAUAAUUUACUUUCAUGCCACAGUGGCUUCUAUCCACGAUUCAUUCAAUGAGUGUAGUUUAACUCAAAUUAAUAAAGUUAUCAUAAUAUGAAAUGUCGUUAGAAACAACGGAUACGAAAUUUACUUUUACUGUGUCUUUAAUAGCAGGAGGAUUGGCUGGGACAUCUGUCGAUGUAAUAUUGCAUCCAUUAGACACAUUAAAAACACGUUUACAAUCUAAGCAAGGAUUUGCAAAAUCAGGAGGAUUUUCUAAUCUUUAUAAAGGAAUUCUUCCUAUAAUAAUUGGAUCUGCACCAACUGCAUCAUUAUUUUUCGUCACAUAUGAAGGUAUUAAAAAUAUAACGCAAUGUAGAGUACCUGAGAAAUAUCAUUCGUUCCUUCACAUGGGUUCAGCAUCUUUAGCAGAAAUGGUAGCCUGUUUAAUAAGAGUACCUGUGGAAGUAAUAAAACAAAGGAGACAAGUUUCAAUGCUAGAUAGACAAGAUAUUAAUCUUAGAUUAUUAUAUAGUUGUUAUUGGAGCACUGUAUUAAGAGAUAUGCCUUUUAGUUUAAUACAAUUUCCAAUGUGGGAAUACUUUAAGAAAGUUUGGAGUUUGCAUAUUGACAGAGAAAUUCUUCCUAUAGAAAGUGCAAUAUGUGGAGCAAUUGCAGGUGGUAUUUCUGCCACUGCUACUACACCACUAGAUGUUAUAAAAACGAGAAUAAUGCUUUCACAUGGAAAUGGAAAUACUUCAAAAUUAAAAAUACUAUAUGUAUUAAAAGAUAUAUAUAGAGAUAAAGGUUUUCAUGGACUUUUUGCUGGUGUGGGCCCCAGAGUAAUGUACAUAAUUAUGGGAGGAUUUAUCUUCUUUGGAACUUAUGAAAAGGUAAAAACUAUAGGAAUGAAAUAUUGCUUAUAUUUAUAGAUUGCUUUUAUGAAAAAUGACAAACAUCAAUGAUAUAUUGUAAAUAUAGUUUGAAAUAUAGGAAUAACUAUUUGAGCAUUUAAAUU